UCUUCCCUGCUUCAAGGCUUCAACCAUCUCCACUCCACCAUUGCUCUUGUUAAUAUUAUAGGAGGAAGCUAUUCACAUUGAUUUUGGGGCUGCAAUGUCUUCUUCGUUGGCAGUGAAGCCAACCUCAACAUCGCCAUCUCCGUCGCCACUUAUCUUUUCCUCUCGUUCUCGUUUUUUUUCUUCAAUCAGCUUCCCUAGAAAGACCAAUCGAAGAUGCGUUUUGAGAACUCGCGCUUGUUCUUCCGAUGACAAAAAUCCCGAAGCCGGCGACUCGAAACCCCCUAACGGUAAUCUGCCAAAGAGCCGGAGAGAAAUUCUAUUGGAGUAUGUUAAAAAUGUGCAGCCAGAAUUCAUGGAAUUGUUUGUGAAAAGAGCACCCCAGCAGGUGAUUGAUGCAAUGCGACAGACAGUUACUAAUAUGAUUGGAACACUUCCCCCACAAUUCUUUGCAGUGACAGUGAGCACAGUUGCUGAAAAUCUUGCACAGCUCAUGUACAGUGUUAUGAUGACUGGUUACAUGUUCAGGAAUGCACAGUAUCGUUUGGAAUUGCAACAGAGUUUAGAGCAGGUUGCUCUUCCUGAUGUACAGGGGAAAAAGGAUUCACCCGAUUAUGCACCAGGCACACAGAAAAAUGUUACAGGUGAAGUUAUCAGGUGGAACAAUGUUUCUGGUCCGGAGAAAAUGGAUGUCGUCAAAUACAUUGAGUUACUUGAAGGAGAAAUUGAGGAACUAAACUGUCAAUUAGGAAAGAGAUCUGCCAAUGGACAGAACGAGCUGUUGGAAUAUCUUAAAUCCCUUGAACCACAGAAUCUUAAAGAGCUAACAAGUAGUGCUGGAGAGGAUGUUAUGUUGGCUAUGAAUACAUUUAUAAAGCGCCUCUUGGCGGUUUCAGACCCUGGCCAAAUGAAGACAACAGCAACAGAGACUAGUGCACCAGAACUUGCCAGGUUGCUUUAUUGGCUUAUGGUAGUUGGCUAUAGCAUCCGCAACAUCGAGGUGCGCUUUGACAUGGAGAGAGUACUCGGUACUCCUCCAAAGCUUGCUGAGUUACCACCAGGGGAAAACAUCUAGUAAUGGGAUAGUAGUGCCUAAAAUUGACUGGUGAUUGUCAACACACAGUAACUCAACAGUCCAGAGGUGGUAUCCAGUGAUCAAUCAGGGACUCAGCAUGUUGAUGCAUACCUUAUUUUGAAGUAGGCGGAGGUAUAUCAUAUCCCCAAACUUAAAAAUGAAAUUUGCUUGGGGAUGGCUUCAUACUUUAGAAAUUGAUUGUUUACUUACUAAGGUUUUGGCGCAGUAGUCAUGUAUUUCAUUCUUUUGUGCUUUACAAACUUUCUGGCCCAUGAUUGUAUGGUGUGUCUGUCCCUGUUGACUUGGUCAUAAACCUAGUCAGAUAAUCACACCAUCUUGGUCCAUUUUGAACAUGGAAAAUUCCUUUUUCUUGUUUGCACCAUACCUAAAGAGUUGGAUGAAGUGAAUACUUGAGAAUUGAUUUUUA